UGCCCGGAGGACGGAAGGAAGCAGCAGUCAUCCAACGAGAGGCACCGAGCAGGAGGCUGAACGCUCAACACAACAAGCUCCGUGGCUGAGGAGGAGGAGGCGGAGGAGCAGCAGCAGGAGGAGGAGGAGGAGGAGGAGGAGAGCCACAGAGAGCUGGGUUCCAGAACAACUCACCGUCCGACCUCCGAUGAUCUCCAGGCGACAAGUCACGCUUCCCCCGGGCGGAUGGGAGACUUUCCUCGGCUCUUGGUGAGGAGGAGAUGAUGAAGACUCUCCUUGGCGCUUUGUGAGGAGGAGAUGAUGAAGACUUUCAGCGUCAGUCCCCUUCACAGCAGCAGCAGCAGCCCGACUCCCAACCACGUCCGAGAACGGAACCACCGAAAGCACAGCGCCCUCUCCGCUCUUCUCCCGCUGCGCUUCUCCCUGCGAGGCUAUGGUUUCUGCAUGGCUACGCUCUUCCUCUUCUGUUUCGCCUCCCUCUUCUACCAGCUGAACGGAGGACCCCCGAAAGUCCUGCUGGACAUCCGACAGUAUCUCGGUGAAUCCACAUACCUGGAUGAGCACGGACCCCCUGUUCCAAGAGUCCUCCCCUUCCCCAGCCAGGUGGUCUAUAACCGCGUGGGGAAGUGCGGCAGCCGGACGGUGGUCAUCUUACUGAGGCUACUGGCUGAGAAACACCAGUUCAACCUGGUCUCCUCCGACAUCCACAAUAAAACGCGCCUCACGAAACAUGAACAGGUGGAUCUCAUGAAGAACAUCAGCAAUAUCCCUCAGCCGUUCCUCUACACACGGCAUGUUCACUUCCUCAACUUCACCAGGUUCAGGAUAGAGCAGCCAGUCUAUAUAAACAUAAUCCGGGAUCCCAUCAACCGGUUCCUCUCCAACUACUUCUUCCGUCGCUUCGGUGACUGGAGGGGCGAGCAGAACCACCUCAUCCGCACCCCCGGGAUGAAGGAUGACGAGAGAUACCUGGACAUAAACGUGUGCAUUCUAGAGAAUUACCCAGAGUGCUCCAACCCCAGAGUUUUCUACAUCAUCCCCUACUUCUGUGGACAGCAUCCGCAAUGCAGGGAGCCGGGGGUGUGGGCUCUGGAAAGGGCCAAGCAGAACGUUCUGGAGAACUACCUCCUGGUGGGGAUCCUGGAGGAGCUGGAGGAUGUUCUGCUCAUGCUGGAGAGGCUCUUACCUCAUUACUUUACUGGAGUGCUCAACAUUUACAAGAGCCCGGACUACAAGAAGAUGGGGAACAUGACGGGCACGGUGCGUAAACACACGCCCACUCUGGAGGCCCUGCAGGUCCUGUACCACCGCAUGCGCUACGAGUACGAGUUCUACAACUUCAUCCGGGAUCAAUUCCACCUCACGAAGAAAAAAAUUGGCCUCAAGUCCGUCUCCCAGCCCGCCGCCCACUCAUCCGCUUUCCUACGGGAGCUGGCCCUCCACACCCCAGAGCCUCUGGAUGAAGAUGAAGAGCUGGACACGGACCUCGAGGAUGCCAACAGUUGGCUGGUCCAUCCCUAAGGGCUGUUCGAUGAGCGGUGAUCGUAGCCAUGAUAAAUAAAUAAAGCUGAUUGGCUAGAAUUGGCUGGAGACAGCUGAAGGCAGCCUGAAAGCGAAGGGGAGCGUUCCCCCGUCUUUGAGCAAUCCCAUGUAAAAGUGAGGUGGUGUUAAGGGGUGUGCGGAUCUUGGCGCUCCUGGGUUUUUUGUGACGAUGUGUUUUCCAUCUGCAACGGGCUCCUAUCACGGCAGGCUCAGCACUGAGGACUGUGGGGUCGAGUUAUUGGAAGGACAAAAUGCUCUAUUUAAAAAUUGACCAAGGACAAUGGGGAAAUAACGUUAAGCUCAUUCUGCUUGACUCAAAUUUUGUUUUAAAAGUUUCUUUGGGUGUGUUUACAUGAAAUUAAACAAAAAACCUGAUCUCCAGGAGAGAUUAGCGCAAAAUGUAGACGGAUAACUGUUCUACGUGUCUGUCGCUGGGGUGUUUACUGUACGAGCGGACUUCAGAGACAUCGCCCCAGAAAGAGGAUCGUACUUCACCAACGGAUUCACGUCCUACGACCUGGGAAUUGUGUCCAUGAAUACAAAAAAAAAGUGCCAAAAGUCUUGUAUGUAUAUUAGUCGUCCAGGACGGUUGAAAGUGCCAAACCUUGUCGAGAGUUACAGCAAUGGUGUGAGAGGAAGCUCAGUGUCGGUUGUUACAGUAUUGGUUUAUAACAUUUUUUAAAUAAUAGGUAAAAAUGAGGGUUAAACAGCGAGCACUCGAUUAUGAAUUCAAAGAAUUCCAACAAAGUGUGCAUGAAUGAUUGAGUUUGACCAAACCAGCAGCGUACUUUAACAUAGAUCUGUUACUUGGGUCAUUAGUUGAAAAUAUAGGCUAAUAUAACACAAAAAAAAGGCAUUUAUGGAGUGCAAUUAGUUUUAAUCCAAAGUUUGAAAGAUUGAGCUUGCCAAAUAGCAGUGUUCCUACUGCGAUGCAUAACAAAUACUGCACUUUUCUAUCUCUGAGAGGACUUUUCCUGGGAUUCUGCAGCAAAACGAGGGAUUUGGUCACAAAACUGGAUUCUGAAUCGUUUUUUUAAUUUCAAAUGGGAUUAUGUCUCUCUGUCUGUGUCACCAGUCCCAGCUAGCAGCUAGUCAGAGUGCAUGUUCUUUCAUCACAUGCAGAGGAACAGUAACCAUAAGCUAGACCAUGUGAUAGUCGUAUUUCACUAUACCAUCCUAAUCCUCCAGUGUCUGUACCUUUUUCAUUGUCCUGGUGUGUGUUCAGUGUUUCCCUUUUUUUUUUGCCAGUUUAAUUUAUUAUUUUGUAUUCAUUUGCAUUCCAGAUAAGAUUCUCAGGAAGGAAAGAAAAAAAAUGUUUAAUAACUUUAUGGACUGUAUCUUUGGUUUCUGGCGGCUAUGAACCGAUUACUGGCAUUUUAAUGGGUUUAUAUCAACAGCUGAAAACUGGUUAACAACUAAUGCAGUCGAUCAUUUUACAGCCUUCAAAAUAAAUGUCCUUUAACCAUUGCA